ACUAUUCGGUUUCACACCUCGUAUCACAGCUUAACAUUUAAUAUCACUAAUUUUAGUUUGAAAUUGAUACAAAAAUGAUAUUCUUAUUCAAAAAAAUAUAUUUUAUUAAAAUCUUAAUUAUAUUUUUUAACUUCUAUAGCAAUACUAUGCAGUUAAAUUUCAAAUGGCCAGAAAGUCAUAUACAAUUAACUCCUUGUCAUUCAACAUAUACAAUAUAUUCAGGGAAUUAUGUAUUAGAMUAUGAUUCAAAAGUAACUGGGAAUUAUCAUAACGAUUGCACUUUUUUAAUAGAAGGUCCACCAGGAACACAAAUGCAAUUAAAUGCAACUAUUUCAAUAUUAAAUAAAACAAAUAAUGAUGAAUGUAUGGACUGGAUAAAGUUGUAUGACUUUUAUAGUAACACAACAUUAGUACCUUUAGGAGAAUACUGUGAAUCAACAAAUCUAACCAAUGUCUUAACAUUUUCAAACAUAAUGUAUAUUGUCAUAAAUAUUUCACCAGAUGAUUUAUUUCAAUUAAGUAUAAAUACUUAAGUUUGGAAAGAUUUUAAAAAUAAUAGAACAACUAAAUAAUACAUAGGCCUGCACACCCUCUUUUUCAGGGUAUACAAAAGGUUACCACUGGCAUGCCCUGUAAGUUAUUUUAAACAUGUGCAAUUCUAAUAAUAUUUAUAUAUCUACAAUGUAGGUAUAUAAAUAUUAU